UCCUCCCCGUUUUCUCCCCCACGGGCAGCCGGUCCUCGGGCCGAGCCAGCUGUCGGGGCUCCGUCCCUGUUUUCCCCCGGGAGACGCUCCCUCCUGUCCAGCCCGGUCCAGCCCCGUCCUGCUCAGGACAAUUGGAAUUUUACUCUAUUGAUUCACCAUUCAGGGGAAUUUUGCACUCUGCGUUGUAAUUUCUCACCUCAUACCUACUCAAACCCCACCAUGACAUUUAAUCAUGCAUAUCAGAUGGUGACUUAAAGACUCCAGUAUGUCCCCACACUCAUAAGAAAUUCGGCUGUGCACUUCAGUCUCGGAGACCUCAUUCACACCAGAGUCGUCAGCUGUCCACUCCCUUCUCCAGCCUGUGUGUCAGUGGGGUUGUGCGGGGAGCCUGCUUUCUCCAGUACCUACACAUGGCAGCAAGCCUGGACAGACUGAGCCCUAGCGAAGCUUUUUCAGCCCCCGAUGAGAAUGAGUUCCCCUUUGGAUACCCAGCCCACAUCUGCCAGGACUCUCCACCAUCCAAGUACCUGUGCUGCAGUUGCCAAAAUGUGCUGAGGAGGGCUCAGCAGACGCUGUGUGGACACCGCUACUGUGCCGCCUGCCUCUCCUGGAUCGUCAGAAGCAGCAAAAAUCCAAUGUGUCAGAAAUGCAAGGAGGAGGAUCCGCAGGUAGUAAGCGAAGAAAGCUUAUUAACAGAAGAAAAGGCUUUUAGUGAUGCCGCUAUUAACAAGGAGAUUUCUGAACUGAAUGUGCACUGUGUGACUCCGGGAUGCAGCUGGACUGGUCUCAUGAAAAAUUUUGAGGACCACCAGGCAGAGUGUGACUGUGCCUUGAUCCCCUGUCAUGCUGGCUGUGGUCUCAUGAUCAUGAGGAAGAAGCUGCCUGAUCAUUUGGAAAAUGGAUGUGCUAAGAGCCCAACGACAUGUCUGAAAUGUAAACAGACAUUUUGCAGCAUGGAGUACCAAAAACACGUGUGCCAAAGCAGCUCAUGUAAGGACCCUAUGGAAACCAGUACAGAAACAGGCCCCGAAGACAAGCCUGGCUCCACAGCAUCCAGGAUCCAGGACGGGUGUCCCUUCUCGGUGAUCGGCUGCUCCUUUAUGCACGGCAGCAGGGAGAAGGUGAAGGAACACGAGACAUCUUCCAUGGACAUGCAUCUGGGGCUGCUGCUGCAGGCUGUCAGCCAAACAAAGGCCAACCAAGGAGGAAAGUUCCAGGCCUCCCCACAUCUCCCUGCCUCUGAGCGGAAGGUGAAGCACGUGGAGAGAAGCUUGUCGGACCUACAGAUCCAGGGGGCCGUGGAAGUCAACGGGGAUCUGGAGGUAGACUGUUUCCACAUGAUUUCGUCUGACUGCGAGGAAGAGUUGGCCCUGCAGAGGUUCAUGCGGGAGAAGCUGAUCUCUGAUCUGGAGGAGAAGCUGCAUGUAUUUGAGAACAUCGUCGCCGUCCUCAACAAGGAGGUGGAGUCGUCUAACAUGGCCAUCGCGGCCUCCAUCCACCAGAGCAACCUGGAUCGGGACAUGAUCUUAAGACUAGAACAGAGGGUGUUGGACUUGCACCAGACCCUGGCCCAGAAAGACCUCGCCCUGGCCAGGCUGAAGCAGAGCCUGCAGUUCUCCGAGCUGGCUUCAUACGACGGCAUCUACUUAUGGAAAAUCACUGACUUCUCCAGGAAGUGUCAUGAAUCUCUAUGCGGCCGGACGACCAGUUUGUUCUCCCCAGUCUUCUAUACUGCAAGGUAUGGCUACAAGGUAUGCCUGAGGGUCUAUCUGAAUGGAGAUGGCACAGGCAAGGGGACACACAUCUCACUGUUCUUUGUGAUCAUGAAAGGGGAGUACGAUUCCCUGCUGCAGUGGCCGUUUCGCAAUAAGGUGACGUUCAUGCUGCUCGACCAAAACAACAGGGAGCAUGUGAUCGACGCUUUCCGCCCGGACCUGAACUCGGCCUCGUUUCAGAAGCCACAGGGCGAAAUGAACGUGGCCAGUGGCUGCCCCAUGUUCUUCCCGCUGAAUAAGCUGCAGUCGCCCAAGCAUGCCUACGUGAAAGAUGAUACCCUCUUCCUCAAGUGUAUUAUUGAAACCAACUCAUAGGCCCCAGAGCCUGGGCUCUGAUGAGCACGGAAGGCGGGUCAGAGCAGAGCAGUGUUCCUGGCCUCAUUCUCCUCUCAAACCUUUGGCGAAGUAGUUUCAUGCCCUAGAUGCUGGCCAGCUGCCUCCGGACUCAGAGUCUGGUUGGGAAUUUUGUGGUGUCUCUGUUGCUCUGCAAAUUGUGGCCUCAAAAUCUACUUUUUAUUUAUCUUGGUUGUCAGGCAAAUUGCACCGAACUUCUCUUCCAGUUAGCCAACCAGGUGAUGUAUUGGUUCUGAGAAGCCGGCAGGACAACCCUGUCUUUUUCAGCCAGCUCCCCCAAUUCCCUGCAUGAUGUUCCCUUUGGCACCCAACUUACUCUCUCUUCACCACUGGCAUCUUUUCUUUAUCUUCACAGUAACUCCCAACCCUUGGUGACAACUUUGCCUGUAUUCUGACCUUUUUCCUGUCUCCUUCCAAUCUACCAUCCUUAUCCUGACUCCUCACCUAUCCUUCCCCUAUGGCCAGGCCAGAGAACUCUCAGGAAUCCCCAGUCCUCUCUCAUUCAGAAACAUGACUCAAUUGCACCUUCUGAUUUGAUGAUAUUUCAGACAUGUAUAGCUGUGACCUUAUUUUAGACAAAGGGAAAGAGGUACUAGAGUAUCCCACUAUCUCAUUCAUUCAUAUUUAUUGUAUGAAUCGUAUUUAUUGAGCACUUACUGUGUGCAGAGCACUGUACUAAGCACUUGGAAUGUACAAUUCGGCAACAGAUAGAGACAAUCUCCUGCAUUUCCAACUUUCCUCCUUUUCAUGAAAAAUCUCUGGAGUACUGCGCUCUGGUACUUUCUUCCACUCACACUGAGAAUCCAGAGAUGCCCAUCAUCAGCAGAUUCAAUUUGCCUGUCACCGUUUCUUCCAUACCCUUCAAAAGAGUGUGCCAUAUGCAAUCCUUAUGCAGUUAUUUAGGGCCAGGUCCAGUAGACUAUCCCAUGUUAUUUAUUUAACUUUUCUAUUUUGUUCAUUGUCGGUGUCCGAGUCACUGGGGAAAAAAAACAUUUUUUUUAUAUGAGUAAAGAAUUAUUUUCUCAAA